UAAAAUUUAUUCAUAUUCAACAUAACAGUGUGAGAGGCCGCUAGUGUGUUUAUCUGUGACUUGAGCUUUAAUUUUUUUUUGAAAAAAUGAUAAAUGGAAACCUACACUUAGAGGAGCUUCUUAUGAAGCGGUAAUAUUCUAGCAGCGGUUAUUUUUUUCGUCAUUAAAGGCUAAUAAACUGGUUUCCAUUAAAUCAAUGUCAUUCGUUGUAAUUAUACACAUUACAAUGGAACGUUUUUUAUACUAGGAGCUCCUCCAGCCAUUCACGCACAUAUUAGAAAUUUCUAGUAAAAACAUGCGCAGGGGCAUCGCAGAGGCCUUCAACCAUUGGAUGAAAAUAUCAGAUGAGAAGAUGAAUGAAGUCCUGGAGAUAGUUAAUAUGUAUCAUAAUGCUUCUCUUUUAGCUGAUGAUAUUCAAGACGGUGAUACUAUACGGCGAGGGAUUCCAGCCGCUCACUGCGUCUUUGGUGUCCCCAUGACAAUGAACGCAUCUGUACAUGUAAUUAUGUUGGCCAUGAAACGAUGCGGGAAAUAUCAUCCGAAAGGAAUAGAAAUAAUUAACGAGCAAUCUCUAGAACUUGUUCGGGGCCAGGGGAAAGAAAUAUAUUGGCGAGAUAUGUUUGUCUGUCCAACUGAAGAAGAAUACAUGGAAAUGCUAAGGCAAAAGACGGGAGAAAUGUUUAACUUAGCGGCCCGACUGAUGCAGCUAUGGAGCUCGAAUACCAAAGACUACCGCGCCUUCGGGAGGAAGCUUGGCAUGUAUUUCCAGUUGAGAGACGACUACUGUAAUAUCGCACAGCCAGAGAAAUUAGAAGAGCGACCGUCUGAUCAGAUCUUAAACGACUAUUAUAUGGACCUAACAGAGGGCAAAUUCACGUUACCAAUCAUCCAUGCAGCUCGGAGUUUGAAAGGCGCAUCCGUUUUAAGUAUUCUGAAACAACGUACAAAAGACAUAAACUUAAAGCGAUAUUGCGUCAGUUUGCUGGAAGAUCUAGGCAGUAUGGAGUAUACGAGGAAAGUAUUAAGGGACCUGGAUCGAGAGAUUCGUGAAGAGAUUGCACGACUUGGCGGCAACCCAGCGAUGCUUUCGGUAAUGGAUCAGCUCCUCACUUGGGAACAAACUUCCAGAUAAUUAUAAUAUGAUAUUUAUUUAGUAAUUCUAGAAGGUUCGCUAAAAGAAUUCGGCUGAGUGGUUGGGGAGUUUGUUUAUAAACUAUCCAAUUGGGAAAGCGCUUAGAAGUCUAUGAUUUAAGUACUCUGGUGCGAUCCUUUGUGAGUUUUAGAAAUUUAGACUAUUUCAAGUAGAGAAAACUGGACUUUGUAAAGUUACCUACUAUAACUACAUAUAAUGGUUUGUGAUAUACUUUUUACUCGUUGAACGUAAUGUAAUAUACAUAAUUAACUUGUUA